AAAGAAAUAAAUGAUGUAAGAAAGAAGGAAUAAAAGAAAGAACAUAGGAAAGAAAAAGAUAAUAAAAGAAUGAAUGAAAGUAGGAAAGAAAAAAGGGGAAAAAAGAGAGAAAGGAAAGAAAGAAAAAAAAGAAGAAUGAAGGAAAGUAUGGGAAAAGAUGAGGAAGAAAAAGGAAAGAAAGGAGAGAAAAUAAAUAAAAUAGACAAGGGAAAGAAAGUAAGAAGAAAAGAAAAAAAAAGAAAGAAUGAAUGAAUUUAGAAGAAUGCAGGAAAGAAGAAAGAAAAAAGGAAGAAACAGAUGAAAAUAGGAAGAAAAAAGGGAAAGAAAAUAAAGUAGCAUGAAUGAAAGUAGGAAAGAAGGAAACAAACUAAAGAAAGAAUGAAUAGAAGAAUGAAGGAAAGUAUGGGAGAAAGACAGGAAAAAAAGGAGAGAAAAGGAAAAAGACGAAGGAAAGAAAGGAAGAAGAAAAGAAAAAAAAUCAAAAGAAACAAUGAAUGAAUAGAAAAAUGAAGGAAUGCAGGAAAGAGAAAGAAAAAAAGGAACGAACAGAAAAUGGGGGAAAAGAAAGGAAAGAAGAAAAAGAAGGAAAAAAAUAAAGAAAGAAAGGAAGGAAAGAAAUAAGAAAUAAUCAAGAAUGUAGAAAAUAAAAAGUGAAGAAAUAUAAAGAAUGAAAUGAAAGAAGGAAUGAAUGAGAAAACAAUACAUGUAUAGCUUACUGAGCUGGCUGUGCUGCUAGCAUAACCUGCGUUGCAGUUUGCUACUGACUUUGUGGGUGUCUGCAUGUCAAUGAAAGAAAAUAGCGCAAACAAACUGGCUUGCAAUUUGAGUCAAAGAAGCCUUUUCUUUUUUAAUGUUGAUGGCAGUUUCUAGUUUUGGAGUUUUUUGCUAGAAUAGAGAUUUCAGACUUAGGAAUUUUUUUAUAUCAAUUUAUUACGGGGGCGAUUUUUAAGUACAUGUAUAUGUGGGGGGGGGGGGUUUUCUCGCCCUCAUCUUUGGUUUUUACCGUGGCAAUUCCAGAUGUUUAGGGGGCACAUCACCCUCACACUCUUUCUGGUGAGAAGUGCGACAACACCUUAUAUAUGUAAGUAGGUUUCCUGGUCUGAUUUGUAAUAUUAUUCACCACACAGGUAUUAUACAAAUGAUUUCCCUUGACCUGUUAAUCUCAUUGCAAUACCAGUGUAGGUUGAUUAAUUUUCAUAUUCACUUGGCUCUCAUUCAUAAUUCAUAUAGGUCUACAUGCAUUAUUUAAAAAAGCCAUUAUAAAGAUGAUUGCAGACUGUAUGAUAAAAGGAUCAAUAAAAAAUAUCAAAAUCAGUAACAAUGGAUUGCUGUCUCUUUCAAUUACAGGUCAGCUUAGCGGAGUGAAAAUGGAUCCCUUGUACAUGGCAAUGAGUCUGUUCCGCAGGAGAAAGUUUGAAGAAUGUGUAACAGUCUGCUCUCAGCUUUUGGAAAAGAAUCCUUAUGAUCAGUCUGCUUGGACCUUAAAGACAAGAGCAUUGACUGAACAGGUUUACUUAGAUGAGGUGGAUGUGGAUGAAGAAGGCAUUGCUGAGAUGCUUAUGGAUGAUAAUUCAAUUGCUCAAGUAACACGUCCAGGCACAUCAUUAAAGAAACCUGGUACAGGUUCAGGGGCACCCAGUGCAGGGAUGCGUCCUACAUCUCAGUCUGGAAGACCUUUGAGUGGGUUUGUAAGACCAGGUACACAGAGUGGUAGACCAGGUACUAUGGAACAAGCUAUCAGAGCCCCUAGAACGGCACACACAGCUCGUCCUGUCACCAGUGCUUCAGGCAGAUUUGUGCGCCUUGGAACGGCAUCUAUGCUGUCCACACCAGAUGGACCAUUUAUCAAUAUUGCAAGGUUGAACAUCUCAAAGUAUGCUGCCAGACCAAAUCUAGCCAAGGCUUUAUUUGAAUAUAUUUUUCACCAUGAGAAUGAUGUGAGAAAUGCAUUAGAGCUAGCAGCCAAGGCUACUGAAGCUUGUCAAUUUAAAGAUUGGUGGUGGAAGGUACAGCUUGGAAAGUGUUAUUACAGGUUAGGCUUAUUCCGUGAUGCUGAGAGUCAGUUCAAAUCAGCUAUGAAGCAGCAUGAUGCCAUAGAUAUAUAUCUAUACCUUUGUAAAGUAUAUGUGAGGUUGGAUCAGCCGUUGACUGCUGUGGAUAUCUACAAACAGGGUCUGGAAAAAUUUCCCAGUGAGACUACUCUUCUGACUGGCAUUGCCAGAAUAUAUGAGGCAAUGAAUGACAUGGUUAAUGCUGUUAAAUACUACAAAGAUGUAUUGAAGCAUGAUAACACACAUGUAGAAGCAAUAGCUUGUAUAGCAAAUUAUCAUUUCUACUCUGACCAACCCGAGAUAGGACUCAGAUACUACAGGAGAUUACUUCAGAUGGGUGUUUACAAUGCAGAACUCUACAACAACCUUGGCUUAUGCUGCUUCUAUGCACAGCAGUAUGACAUGACACUGACAUCAUUUGAGAGGGCGCUAUCACUCUCAACUGAUGAUGCCACUACGGCAGAUAUCUGGUACAAUGUUGGUCAAGUUGCUAUGGGUAUUGGUGACACUGGUCUAGCUCUACAAUGUUUUAGGUUAGCUCUCACAUCAAAUAAUGAUCAUUCAGAGGCGUAUAAUAAUCUGGGAGUACUAGAGUUACGCAAAGGACACAUCGAUCAGGCAAGAGCAUUUUUCCAGGCAGCACAGAUGCUUGCUCCUCAUAUGUUUGAACCACACUAUAAUUUUGCAUCACUUUCAGACCAAGUUGGUGAUCUCCAAAGCAGUUAUGGGUCAGUGAAGAAAGCAGUGGAUUCUUAUCCAGAACAUUGUGAUUCUAAGGAGCUCUUCUCACAACUCAAGAAACAUUUUGCUUUGCUCUGAUUGGUGACACUCUAGCCCAUCCUGAUAGCUUUGAAUGGUGAAUAUAUAUCUUUCACAAUAAAAAGAAGACUGAUGAAUUUCUGGUACGAGAAGCAGAGUUGACAUGGUACAUAAAGUCAAUGGUGCAUAUGCUGACAUAUGGAAGUGUGUGUCUUGUCUGGUAAUGAACCAUUACAAUCAGCAACGCUUUUACACCAUUCCUUUGGCAGUGUACCACUUGAAGUUCAUGUUUUUUCCCUCAAUGAUUGGAGGAUGAAAUAUCUGGCAAAAUUUGUCAUUAUCUCCAUCACUAUCUUCACAAUAUCAUUAUAUGAGAAGACUUAUUUGUAUUCUCAUAACAUGUGCACCCUUUGGAAAUCUCUAUAGUGUGAAAGUGUAUGAAUUAUGAAUAUUGGCGUAUUGCUGGUUGAACUGUAGUACAGGAAAUUGCAGUGUUUAGGAAAUAUAAUGCAAAACACUUCUGCUUUUAUUUAUAGUAUUAUUUUGAAAUGUGAAAGAUAUAUGUUUAGGUAUAUGGUUUUGGUAUAUGGUUUUGAACACAUUUAGACAUGUGUGCAGUGAUGUAGUUGAUUGGGUCUUGGUCAUGUACUCUAGAUCUGCAGUAUCUACAAAUAUUGGUAUUUUAUGCUGAUGCGUGAAGAAUAAAAUUAUAUAACGGCUCUUCUUGCAAAUGCUGAAUAUUUAAUAAAUACUGCCAUCAAUAUUUAUGCAUGAUAAAUCUUGCACUUUAAUCAGAAUACAUCAUGUUACAUUGUAUAUCAUGUCACUACUAUCACCUUGAUUUCAUAAAAUGCAUUGUCCAAUGAAAAGUGGCAACUUCUUUUCUUUUAGUUUUGGAUAAAAGAAUAGGUAUCUGGAUAAUUGUAUGUCAGGCAUCACUGAAAACUGUCAUCUCUUUUGAAAAUAUGCAAAAUGGCGGGUUUUCUCUUUAUGCUUCAAACAUGACAUAUAAUAAAAAAAUAAGGGGAAAUGUUGUUCAGUAAAACAUAGUCCUGGAAUAUGAAUAAGAUGAAUUUUUUUUUUCAGGUGGUAAAUAGUUUGAAGUUCAACUGUUUUUGUCUCGCCUGCGUAGCAGAGCGAGAAUAUAGGCGCCGCUUUUCCGCCGACGGCGGCGGUGUCGUCAACAUUGAAAUCUUAACCAAGGUUAAGUUUUUGAAAUGUCAUAACUUAGAAAUUAUAUGGACAUAGUUCAUGAAACUUGGACAUAAGAGUAAUCAAUUAUUACUAAACUUUUUGCCUGAGUUUCAGGUCACAUGACCAAGGUCAUUUAGGGUCAAUGAACUUAGACCAUGUUGGAGGAAUCAAUAUCGAAAUCUUAACCAAGCUUAAGUUUUUGAAAUGUUGUCAUAACUUUGAAAGUAUAUAGACCUAGUUCAUAAAACUUAUACAUAAAGGUUAUAGUGUAUCACUAAAGAUCCUGCCUGAGUUUCAGGUCGCAUGAUUAAGGUCAAAUGUCAUUUAGCUUCAACGAACUUUGGCCAUGCUGGGGUUAUUUGAUGAAUUGUCAUAAGUUAAAAAGUUUAUGGAUCUACAUGUAGUUCAUGGAACGUGGACAUAAGAGCAACCAUGUAUCCCUGGAUAUCAUACAUGAGUUUCAGGUCACAUGACCAAGGUCAAAGGUCACUUAGGUUCAACAAACUUUGGCCAUGUUGGGGAUAUUUGAGGGAUUGUCAUCAUAACUUUUAAAUUUUAUGGAUCUAGUCCAUAAAACUUGGACAUAAGAGCAAUCAAGUAUCCUUGAACAUCCUGUGCGAGUUUCUGGUCACAUGACAAAAGUCAUUUAGAGUCAACAAACUUUGGUAAUGUUGGGGGUAUUUGUGGAAUUGUCAACAUAACUUAAAAAGUUUAUGGAUCUAGUUCAUGAAACUUGGACAUAAGAGCAGCAAUGUUUCCCUGAAUACCCUGUGUGCGUUUCAGGAACAUGGCCAAGGUCAAAGGUCAAUGAACUCUGGCCGUGUUGGGAGUAUGUGUUGAAUUGGCAUCAUAACUUAGAAAGUUUAUGGAUCUAGCUCAUGAAACAUCGACAUAAUGGUAAUCAUGAUCAUGGUCAAAUGUCAUUCUCGGUCAAUGGACAUAUUUUAUUAUCACAUUAGUGUUUUCUUCUUAGCUGUUUUCAAAGGCAGCACUGCUGCUAUAUCGAAUUGUGUAAUGCAGGCGAGACUGCCAGAGGCGUUCCACUUGUUUUUUUUCUUUCAUUAUUUUUCUAAUUCUUGAUACGUCAAACAACAGAAAAGUAUGAGUGUAUUAUGCAUAUGUAAUAACCCUAAAUAGACUGGGCUAUUUUGAUGCCUAAGAAGACUGAGGGGGGGCUGAUUCAGCCCCCCCUUAUGAUCUCGGCCGUCGAUCACGAUAAAAUUGGCACGCACGUUACCCAUGGCAUAAUCUACAAAAAUAUAAGGUCAAAUUCUGCGACAAUUCUCUAAUUGCUAAUUAAUCAUGCUAAUUUAUGCAUGAAAUCAAAAGUUUGCUCUAACUAACUAAAUAAUGCCCCUAAAAUUCUAAUUUUUGGUACAGACUCUUUAUAGGGAUCUGAUCAAAUCUACUUUUAUAAAAUUACAACAUCACAUUUAUUUUCUUAUGUUUUUUAUUGUUUUUUCAAUAGAAAUUGUCAGGGACUUUAUUUUGACCAUAAACAAGAUGGAAUUAAUCGAUUUAAUCAGUAAAAGGAAAAAUAAUGAUACAUUUAUGAAUUUUGGCUAAAAACUCUAUUUGCAUUGGAUUUAUACACAAAUUCACGUUUUUGAGCAACUUUGGGCCUGCAUGCACUUACAAAAUAUUGCGUAAUAUUGUAUUGCGUACCCGGGGGUCGCAAUUUUGGUCUCAAAAGUAAAAAGUCAGUGAGCAACGCGGUCUAAAAAUUUUGUGCAGCAAAUUUAUCGCGAAAAAUGUCAAAGGGGGCUGAAUCAGCCCCCCCCCCCGUCUUCUUAGGGUUAAACUGGCCCAAAUUGUGUUCCAGGCACAGAAUACAAAUAAAGUGGGUUAAUAAAAGCAUGGGCUUUGCAAAAAAAAAUCAUAAUUAAAAUGUUAUCCGUAAGGGAUGUGUUUUGUCUAUUGAUGAGCACUUAUUAUUUUAGUUUACAUCUGAAUACUUAAUGAUUUGUGAUUGGUUAACCAAAAAGGAAAAGUCUGAAGACAUGACCACUCUGUGCACAAACAACCGACAGGUCAUAUUUCAAAUAUAGACCUACUAUUCUUUAAAUAUGCAUGUAGUCCUGCUUUUAAAUGAUAUAUUUUUCCUGUUAUUCCCUUUUAAAUAUUUGCUCUGUAUUAUACUAGAAAAUAUAUAUAUUUGUGUGCAAUUUUGUAAACAGAAAAUAUAAGACCUGCGUCAUCUCAGAAAUAUUGCAAAAUCAGAUUAAGAAAUAGAAUAUAAAUUCCCUCCCAAAUGAAUAAUUCUCCACAUUACGCCUGUCCACAUGGUAUCUAAUCCAUUAAAAAAAAUCCUAAUUGACAUGUGGACAGGUAUAAUGUGGAGAAUUAUUCAUUUGUGAGGGAAUAUAUAUUCUAUUUCUUAAUCUGACUUUGCAAUAUUUCUGAGAUGAUGCAAGUCUUAUAUUUUAUUGGAUCUUCUGAAAAUUUGUGACUAAUUUGAAAGUCACAUUUUGAGUAAGAUUUAUAUUGAUUAUUUCUAUUUAUGUGGUACAACCGUACAAGGUUUAUAAUUUCCAUAUCAUACAAGGCAGCAUAGCGUGAAUAUAAGAAAGAGUUUCCAACUAUUUUAGAAAAACAAAAUCCUCUUCAUGACUUAAUUGAAUGUUAUCAAAGUAGCAAAAAAUUGAUGUAUUUGUUCCCUGGUUUAUUGAACAAUCGUGACGCAUAUCUACAGUUAUGCAUGCUGCUAUGUCAGAUUAUACCCGUUUAUCUCUAAAUAUUGCAUUGGCAAGCUACUCAAGUGGGUUAUAUUGUACCCGACACCAAAUACCCAUUAUCUUGUUCCUUCAUUUAGAGGUUUAUUCAUGGCUAAGAGAUUUAAUGUAAAUUGAUAGCCUUUUAUUAGUGAAAUAAAGUGUAGAUCACAUUAAAAAAAUCUUU